UACACUCUCCCCACUUUUGCUCUCCCAGUGUUCCAGUUUUCGCCCAAGUCCGAGCGCGGGAAUCAUUAAAUAAAUAGUUAAUACUAUUAAGUGCCCUGAAAAAGCAUAUAUUUUUUAAAUUAAAUAGUAAAAUAUUGCUACAAAAGCCCGGGGCGGCCGAAAAAGCAAGCAAUAACAAUAGAAAAUCAGCAGCAACAGCAGCAGGAACAGCACAACAUUAACAGCAGCAACUGGCGUGUGUGUGUGUGGUACAGUUGGGUAGAAAAACAUCGUCGCUAGUUGGCGGUGUUGCCACCUCGGCUCUUUCGAUUAUUGCCACCACUCUUGCGCUGCGCCGCAGCAGUUGUUGUGCAUCUUGGCGAGUUUUAACGAGCAGUUCUGUUUUCGUGCUGUUUUUAAAACAAAAAGCUACAAAUAAUUAAAUCAGUUAGCAAUUAUCGCUUAGCGAAAGUCGAUCGAUCGAGAGGCAGAGAGCGAUUUGCCGCGAGAGAAAAAUACCAUUUAGCAAUAAUAAUUGUGAGAGCCAGAGAGGGAGAGCGCAUUGUGAAAGUGGCAAGCGAAAGGUGCUGGCAAAAGUAAAAACAAACUCCCGAUAAAAUGCAAAGCGAUUUGCAAAGCUAUCCAUGAAAGAUGCGAGCUGGAAAAAAACAGGCAGCUGAUAGCGGAAAGACACGUCCUUGCAUUGUCUACGUGAGGAAUAUACGGGAGGAGCAGCGGCCGGGACCCGGGCGGCCGAGGAAGGCGACCCAACAACAGCAGCAGCAGCGAUUGCAGCAGCAGUUGAAACAGGAACAGGAACAGGAACAGUAUCUACGGGAGACACGCGGACGCCGUGCCGGCGGAGGUGUAUCAGCAACGGCACCCAUUCACGAAAGGCAGCCACCGGGCAUUGCCCUGCGGACACGGCAAGUUGCUACGCCGCCGGUUAAAAGACAGCAUCAGAUCGUUUCGCCGCCAUCGCCGCAAAGGAAGGCCAAAGACGCGAUUAUGGCUAAGCGACGCAACACCAAUCUGUUGCUGGGGAAUCCCAUCCAGAAGGUUGGCGGUCUGAGUAGUCGACGCAUCACCACACACACCGAGUCGACGCCGUCGCGGGCGCAGACACCCAAGAUGUUCAAGAGCAAACACCAGCCGGUGGCGAUGAGUCCGCCGCCGACUAUAGCGGCCAGUCGGUCGCGGCGAUCGAUUAAACCGAAUCCGAAGUACACCAGCGAGGACAUGGUCACGCCAAAGUAUCUGGCUGCGUUGGCGAGUGAUUCGGGCAGUAGUCCGUCGUCGGUGGGACGUCCCAGGUCGAAGCCGAUGUAUCGCAACUCCAACGACGACAUCAACGAUCUGCUCGAUCUCGACGAGGACGAUGACGACGAGCUGGCGGAUGCCGCCUUCAAUCCCCAGCUGCACAAGUCGGACGACGACGAUGACGACGAUCUGAGCGAGGGCGAGUUCGAGGAGGAGCUGCGCCGCCCCAAGCUGCCGCCGGUGAAGCGUGGACGUGGACGUCCGCCGAAGGCCAGUACAUUGGCCAACACGCCCGGCUCGUCGGUGGGGAACACCUCGGUGGCAUCCAAGAUGGGCGCUUCAGCCGGACGCCCGACACCCAGCAGCCUGCAACAGCUGCGUCGCAACAUGGCCGUGAACAUAGCUCGAAACAAUGCCAGCUUAACGGAGGGAUCCCAGAUAAGCGCCGCCAAGCGCAAGCUGGAGAUCAACGAUAACGAUAGUCCGGUGGCGCGCAAACGCAUGGUCCUCUCCUCCGUGGGCGGCAGUGGUCAGCGCAGCAUGCCCGUCGCCAAUGGGGCCACCAAAAUGGGCGGACACGGCGGCACAACGACUACUCAGCGCUCCAAGAUGGGCCAACUGCGAAUGGUGCCGCAGAGUUCGUCGGUGACGUUCAAAGUUAACACCGGCAGCGGUAAUCGCUCUGUACCGGGCAACUCACGGUCCGCGGGAGGAGCAUCGUCCGGUGCCAGCGAUUCGAAGCACAACAAGUCGGAUGAUGGAGACGAUGUGCCCACGUUCACCAUUGUGAACAUAGACGACAUUAUCAAUCAGGACGAUGUUUUGAUCAGCAGAGCCAAUAUCAAUGCCGCCGCCGCAGCAUCAGCAGUCGCACCCGCGGGCGGCACAGCCGGCAAGAAGCUUCCUGUGGGCCGGCCCCGCACCAGGGGCAUCCCGCCCAACAGCAACAACGCUGUCGAGAAGAAGGCGCCACCACCGUCGUCGUCGUCGUCGUCGGAGAAGUUGAGCCCCACGUCGGUAAAUAGUCUGAAUCCACCCAAGCGCAUCAAGAUUCUCGCCAGCAAUUCGAGCAGCAACACCGCCAACAAAUCCCAUUCGGGCUACAAUCAAAACAAGAAUAUUCUAACGAAGCCCCAGCCACGGAUUCUCAACACGGAAAUGGGCAAGAAGACGCAGACCAUGAAGCCCCUGAUGAACAUGGGCAAGGAGCUAUGUCCCACGGACAUCGACACCGAGGAGGAUGAACUGGAGCCCGACUUGGAUCUCGACGAUGAUGAGCCGCCGGCCACGAUAGUGACUCGCAAGAAUGUCAAAUCGAUCACCUUAACAUCAACACCGCACAGUGCAUCGUCCGGCAAGUGGAACAGCAGCAGCACCACCAGCACUAGCAACAACAACAACAACAAUAGCAACAAUCGCCGGAAUAUCCUGUCGACGGCGUCAGCAUCGUCGGUGAAUGCUCGCACGGACCGGAAAGUGUCGAAGCUAAUGGGUGAUUCCGGUUCGGGAUCGGGUUCUGGUGAGCUGACGCUCUUCAAGAAGCCCGGGAUCAGUCCCCAGCGUCGCAGCAAGGAGAAUCAUCAGCAGAAGGACGACCUGAAGGAUUUGGAUGCGGAUGCGGGUGGAUCGGAAACGCAUAAAAGCAUCACCAACACCAUCAGCAGCGGCAGCGGCAGCACCAGCAGUAGCCAUCCCAAAUACUUUCCGCCAGAGACGACCACCUUUUGCGAGGAGGACGGGCGUGUCAUUAAGAAGAUCACCUGCUAUGAGACGUGGCACGUGAUCAGCACCGCCCGGGACUCGCCGGCGAAGACGACGCGGCAGCAGCGCACCUGCCUGGAGCUGGCGCUCGUUAAGCUGGCCAAUGUCGCUAACCGGAUCAAGGUGCCGUCCAGCAAAUGGACCAGCAAGGUCACCCUCUACAAGGUGUCACCAUCGUUAAUGCAGCGCCAGACAAUGACCAUAUUCACCGGCGAUCUGAAGGUGUACAACAUACCCGAGGAGGACCGGCACAAGUACCAGCCGUCGUGCGUCCUGUUCCGGCGUGCGGCGGUGGACAGGGCCAAGUGCCGGGUGCCCUACGAUCGAGCCAUUAUCUUCAAGAACAAAUGUUUCUAUGCGAAUAUCGAUGGGAAGCACGUGAACCUAUUGGGCGCCCCGGAAUCGGUCAACACCCUCAAGGAUGUGGAGAUCCUGCUGGACAUUGUCGAUCAUCUGACACUCGACAGCGAACUGGUCGAGAUGGUAAACACCACCAAGUGAACCUGAACCGCCAAGGAUGACAACUAGGACAUGUAUCACAUUGUAAAAAAAAAACACCCGCACAUACACACACACACACACACACAAAAACAAAAAAAAAUGAUCAGAAAAAAAAUCAUACACACACAUACAUACAUACAACACAAACAAGAAGGACAUUUUUAUGAUUUGUUUUAUGCAAUAGAAGCCGAUAAUACUAUAAAGAAAAAACUAUUUUUUUUUUUGAUUAAUCCAUUAACUUAGUUUUAAUCGUUAGUCUAGCGUAAUUAUCUUAAUAUCAUAAAAACUGUAAACGGACGUACAUACAUACAGAGACAGGACAUGUAUCAAUGUACCAUAUAUAUAAUAUAUAUAUAUAUACACACACACACCAACCAACACAACAAAAAUCCAAAACUAUUCUACAAAUCGGCAAUGAUAUAUAUUACCUUAAUAAUAUAAAUGAAAUCAGCAAAGGAUCCAAUCUUAAUAUUUUUUUAAAUGCCUGCGCCCUCCCCCCUCCUUAAAUGAUAAUUGAUCAAUUUUUAAACAAGCAGUUAUGUAAAUCGUAGUAUAUAUAUAUAUCUAGGAAGUAUAUAUAUAUUUAUAUAUAUAUAUAUACAUAUUUAAUGGCGAGCGUAUGUACAUGGGUUAUAUGUGUCGACGCUGAGGAGGAAAGUUAGUUGGUAAGUUGCGUGUAAAUUUAAUUGAAAAAGUCCCCCUUUAAAAAUUAUACAAAUAAAAGAAAAUUGAUUCUGAAUAAAAAA